GUAAUAAUGCACUAAUACGCAUUCAUAAGAAUUUUUUUAACAAAACAAACCAAGCAGCUUCGCACCAACCGGCAAGGCAGGCCGCAGGCUCUAUGCAAGGAAGCAGGUCAAGCCCGGCAGCUCUAAGCUGCUAAGCAGGCUAUUGCCGCUGGAGGAGGAUUAAGCAAUCGGUACUUCCAUCUUCCGCAGCAGGCCAUCGUAAAAAAAUCGAAUUUCUGGGGCUUAGGCUUUGGAUAACAGGAUUUCAGGGGCAGCCUGUUGGUUAUCUGUCAUCCUACCAACGAUAAUCAGGGCCGGCCUAGGUCUCUAUCUGGGGAAAUAAAACUCUGCUACUUCAAGGAUUUCUUCAAUGAUUCAAUCCUCCUGUAGCACGAACAACAAACAAUAGGAUCAGUUGUACAUUUAUGUUUGAAGGAUUCAGGAGCGUAGAGUAACAAAUUUUGAUAUUGAUUAUAAGGUGUUCUGUGAAAUUCCUCAAUGGGCCGUGGUAUUUUCAAGUGAUCGGCCUUAUUGGUUUUGCUCUGAGCAUCCUCAAACUUAUGCCUCACCGGAUUGGUCUUCUUGGUGAACUCCGUUCAUCACUCUUUAGAGAAUGUCGGCGAUUAAUGACCACCAGCAAAAGAGUACAAGAUCGGAGCAAAAAGAAGCGUGUCCAUGACCUUGAGAUUGUUGUGGAGAAACAAAAAAUCCUCUCCAAGAUCCUCUUCAUACUCGAAACUCUCAAGCAAGAAUCGGAGCAAAUCAUCACUGUACGUUCCCUCGAUCAAUACCGACGGCAAAUCAACCUCCCAAGGCCUCACAAGUUCUCUGAUUUCCUCCGGAAAUCUCCCAAGAUUUUUGAACUCUAUAAUGACCAAAGGGGAGUUUUAUGGUGUGGGAUGACAAAAGAAGCUGAAAAUCUAAUGCAAGAAGAAGAUGACCUGAUAGAGAAAAACAGUGAUAAAUCUGCAGAGUUUUUGACUCGAAUGUUAAUGAUGUCUGUCGAUAAACGCAUUAGCCUGGAUAAGAUUGCUCAUUUCAGGAGGGAUAUGGGUUUGCCUUUGGAUUUCAGAAACCAUUGGGUGCACAAAUAUCCGGAACAUUUCCGAGUGGUGAAACCCUUCGUGCCUUAUGAUGAGGGCGAGUAUCUGGAACUAGUGACUUGGAAUUCCAGCUGGGCAAUUACCGAGCUGGAAAAGAAAGCUUUGGGUGUUAGCAAAGCUCCGGAAGGUUCUUUUCCAGGUGUUCUUUCUUUGUCUUUCCCAAUGAAGUUCCCGCCAAACUAUAAGAAGAAGAUUUCCACGUGCAAACCUCAGAUUGAGAAGUUUCAGAACAGGGAGUAUUUGUCCCCUUACGGAGAUGCCAGUGGGUUAAAGGCCGGUUCGCAGGAGUUUGAUAAGAGGGCAGUGGCAGUAAUGCAUGAGUUGCUAAGCUUUAUGAUUGAGAAGAGGCUUGUGACAGACCAUUUGACUCACUUCAGGAGGGAGUUUGUGAUGCCUCAGAAGUUAAUGAGACUAUUGCUAAAGCAUUUCGGCAUCUUUUACGUCUCGGAGAGAGGUAGAAGAUUUGUUGUCUUCUUGAACGAAUUCUAUGAAAAUUCGGAGCUAGUCGAGAGACAUCCUCUGGUCGAUUGGAAAGAAAAGGUUCUUAACCUUGUUGGGUAUAGAAUUAAGAAAGAGAAAGAAGGCGUGUUGGAUGAUUUACUAGAUGAGACACGCGAUAGGGACUUAUUCGAUAGCAGUUCAGAAGAAGACUAUGGAGGUGUUCAGAUAAGUGGUCUUGAUGAGGAGAUGAGUGGUCUGGACAGGGAUAUAAUUGGAAGUGAUCCUGAAAUGGAGAUUGAGGACAUCUAUGAUGCAUAUAAUGCAUCCGAGUGAAACCUCCUGUUGCCUUGCCUCCUAAUAAGAACUAGGACAUAAUGCAUUCACCUAUGAAAAGCGGAAACUGGGAAAGAAUAUGUUUCUGUUUUGGAAACUCUACAGAAACUAUUUGGAAACUUUCGAAACAGUUACGGAGUAUUUCUUAUUAAAAGAUGGUGUUUCUCGAUUCCCGUUUCUCCAUGAUUCUCACGUUUCGGUGCAACAUAGACAUUCACAGCUGGAACUAAAUGAUCAUCCAACACUCAGAAACAGCAUAUGUAGAUGUCAAAUAAAAGGCUUAACCCAUCAAGCGAUCGUGUUGUUCUUUCUCUGUCUCUCUCUCUCUCUUUUUUUUUGCAUUCACAGGCUUGUAAGUUGUAAAGAUUUGAUGCGAAAUGGUCAAGGUUUUAGGCUCUCACAGAUACUCUGAUAAAAGGGCCCGUUUGGUAGUUUGCACAUUAAAACUUUACAUGCAAAGUGAUUGCAUGUAAAGUUUAGGGCCGUAAAAUAGUUUGCAUGUAAAAUAGAAAUACACCGUUUGGCUAUGUGUGUAAUCGUUUUUUGAAUUACACGCAAACGCUUUACAUUGUUUAUUGUCAAAUAA